UUACGCCCAGAUCUACUUUUAACUAACAUCCAUUGCUCACAACAUGGACACGCUCCUGGUCCUGCCAGCCCCGCAGCCCCUUCCUCCGCAGCCGGCGCCCCAGCAGCACCCCGCCCUCGCCCUCCCGCCGGCAGCGCCCUUGCCGCCACUUCGCUUGCCUACUGCCACCGCCGGCACGGCACAUAACGCGGAGCCGCCCAACUUCUCCAGUGCCUCCGACGAGCCGCAGGUCACUGUUGCCACCGCGGCCUCCACCACCGCCGCUGCCGCAGCCGCGGUCGCUGCCGCAGCAGUUACCGCUGCGCGCUCGGGCUCCUUCUUUAUCGAGCUGGACCCGCGCGGGGCGCUGGCGCUACUGGCAGCGCAGGACCUUUGCCCCUGCGCGCCGUCGCUGCCGUCGGAGCAGGCUUCCCCUGCAGGCCUAGCGACAGGAGCACCUGCACCAGAAAGCACCCCGGCGUCAGCACUGGGCUCGGUUUCAGGUGCAGCAGCAGUCGGCGAGACGGUCGGUUUCUCCCAACAGCACGCCGCGAUCUUGCCGCCAGUCGGCAGCACCGGCGGCAGCACCGGCGGCCGCAACAUAAGCAGCAGCAGUCACACGCCCACGCACGCCGCGGGCGGGUUAGCUAGCGGCUCAGACCCGCUGCUGCUCCCUACUGCGGGCACGGCAGGCACGGCGGGCUGCUCCGGGCGCGGUGGGUUCUUCGGCCUAGCUGCGCCGGAGUGCCCCGAGGACCCGCUGCCGCGAGGUGCCUUCUCCACACCCGCGUCUCCGCGGGGUCUGCCGCCACCCGCGUGCCGCACGCAGGGCUUCACACAGGUGCUGGGAUUCGACCUGCCCUCAUCACCACCUGCGUCAGCUACAGCGGCCGUGUCGUCCUCGGUGGACCGCAGACUGCUCCCCGCAUUCGCCUCCCGCGGCUGCUCCCCCGCCCGCAUCACCACCAGCGGCAGCGGCCGGCGCGGCGUGCUACUGCCAUCCUUCCGCAGCCACCGCCACCUGCCCCUGGCGGCUACAGCCGCUGCUACAGCCGCCGCUGCGUCUCCGCCCUCGCCUGGUUGCAGCCGACACGCGUGCGUAGGGCUGUUUGGAGGGGGCAGUAGCAGCAACAGCAGCAGCGGCAGCAGUAGCAGCUCCCGCUCUAGGCGAGGGGUGGCUGUAGCAGCGGCACCAGCAGGUGACUCUCCAUUGCACGGGGGACACGGCGAGGGUGCCAGCCCGCUCGCUGCCUUCACGUCGCCCUUUGCCACCGCCGCAAACGCAACUGCUACAGCCGCAGCAGGCGCCGGCAGUAGCGGCAGUGGCGGCAGUAGCAACACCCUGUCAACCCACACAGGCGCCGGCACCAACGCGAUGCAGGGCACAGUGCCGCUUCCCGACCUGCAGCCAUCCGCCGCAGCCGGUGGUGGCAGUAGCAACACGAACCCUCUGGACGCCACACCCGCGGCGGCUGUAGCAGCCGCCGCAGCGGCCCGGCCGCCGCCCGCUGCUGCCGGGGCGGCGGGGCUCGGUGGCAUUGGUUCACCUCUGCCGGCCGCGGCCUCGCCCGCAGGCGGCGGUGGCGGCGGCGGCGGCGGCGGCGGCUACUCGCCGGCUGGUGGUCACUCGCCGCGGUGGACUCAACAGCAGGGGUUGGCGGCAGAGGACCUGAGCGCGGGCCUGCUCAGCCGCGUGCACUGCACCGCAGACGGAAGAGUGGUGGUGCUGGAAGCCGGCGGCGGCGGCGGCGGCGGCCGGUGGUCGCCUCGCUUCGGAGGUGCUUCAUCGGCGUUUGGGCCGGCGGCGGCUACAGCUGCUGCUGCUGGUUCACCGGGCAGCAUCAGUCCCCCACCUCACCACCAUGACCUCACGACAAGUAGUCAUCACUCCGAUGCCAGUGGCGCCGGCGGCGGCUUCGAAGUGGACAUGGAUGGAGGCGGCGGUGCGGCCGCCGCCACGCCCUACCCGCCGGCGGCGUGUGUGGAGGUGGGGCGCCGUUACGUCGCCGCGGUGCUGGCAGCCGUGUCGUACGGCGUGGACGCGCCCGGUGUGCGGGGGGAGCUGGAGGCGCUGCUGGCGCCGGGGGUGGAGGCGCACGUGGGGGUCACGGGGGCGGCGCCGCCUGCACGUGGGCGGCACGUGUUCCUGGACAUGCUGGGACGAGACAACUCGAGCUACGACAACUGGCGAAUGGUGCUGCUGGCGGCGGCGGCGCCCCCGGGUGGCGGCGGCUGCUACCUGUGGGUGGAUGAGUCGGCGCGCAACGUGGGGCCGCUGCUGCCGCCGGGGCCGGGCGGGGACGCGGCGCCGCCGUCCUUCCGCACCAGCCGCAGCCUCACGCUGCACCGCCUGGCUCUGGACCCCGACGGCCGCAUCACCGCCGCCUGGGCCCGGUACCAGCUGUUCGACGAGAUGCGAGACCUCAUGCUACUGCCGCCGCCGCCACAACAGCUGCAGUCGCCUUCGGCAGUAGCAGCUACUGCUUCUGCUACUGCCGGUGGCGGUCUGGAGGAGGAGGAGCAGGGCGGCGGCGGCGGCGGCUCCGCCGCACAGCCCAUGGAGACUAAGUCGCCUGCGGUUGCGCCGCCCACCGCCGGCACCGCCGUCACCACCGCCGCCGCCCCUUUCACGACUGCCGCACAUCAGCAGGCUGCACCGCAACAGGUGGCGGCCGCGGCGGCGGCGGCGGCACCACAUCGGCGGCGGGCGCCCGACCUGACCGCGCUGCCCUUUGUGCAACGGCUCAUGGCCCGUCACAUGGCGGCGGCGGUCGGGGCGGCAGGGGUGGUGGGGAUGGAAGGAGCCGGAGGUUUUGAGGGAGCCAUUGCGGGCGGCGGCGGAGGGGGAGGUGGUGCAGGAGGAGCGGGGCUGCAGCAGCAGGGCGAGGGCGCGGCGGCGGAGCUGCAGGCCGCAUACGCAGUUGCCACGGACCCGCAACACGCCGCCGACAAGCACCACGACUACGCCGCCGGCGGCACCACCACCGCCACCGCCACCACCACCACCAUCAUCAAUACUGCCGCGGCCGCGCCUGCCAGCCCGCUCGACUACCUCAUCGACACCGACAGCAGCAGCACCCACACACAUGACCCCCAGCAGCACCUCCACCUGCUGCCGCCGCCACACGCUGUGUCGCCGCCGGCGCCUCAGCUGGCGGCGCAGGUGGGCCGCGGCGUGGCGGCCUGGCUGGGCUGUGUGGACAGUAGCUUCGAGGGGGUGCGGGACGUGUUCGGCGGCCUGGGGGAGGACUGCCAGCUGUGGGAGGCGCUGGGGCUGUGGAGACACAUGGCGGGGGCACGGGGCAGGGAUGCAGUGCUGCAGCAGCUGCAGCACCUCCACGCCGAGUACGACAUACGGAUUCGUCGCGGCAGCUGGGCCCUAGACGCCGCUGGCCUGGUCGCCUUCUGCGCGUGGGAGGCAGACGUGCGCCGCCGCCGCUGCCGCAGCCCCCGUGUCGCCGGCAGCAGCAGUGGCGGCGGCGGCGCGGCGGACGCGGCACAGGGCAUUGCUGGCAUGUGCCUGGGUGGCGACGCCAGUGGCGGCAGCAGCGGAGGCGGCGGUGGCGGCGGUGAUGCUGCUGCUGCUACUGCUGCUACUGCUGGAGAGGAGGAGGAAGCGCCCGACGUGGUGACCUGGUCCAGUAUGGAUGUGUACGGCCUGUCGCCGCAGGGCCACCUGCGGGACGUGGUCAUGUACCGCACGCCGCUGCCGGGCGAGGCCGCGGGCGUGUUCCGACAGCACCUGCUGCCGGCCUGGGAGCGACAGGAGCAGCAGCAGCAGGAGCAGGAGGGGCAGCAGGUGGGGCAGCAGGUGGGGCAGCAGGCGGCGCAGGAGCCGAUGCAGUAGGUAAACGCAAGCAGGCCCUUGGAAGCGCAGGUGCUGCUGUGGGCGGGACUUGGUAGCGGGUCGGCGGGUGGCAAUGUCGAAAGCCUAUUGCUUGUAGGUUAAGACUUGAGUGUGUUAAGUUGUAGGUUGAGAGUUUUGCUCAAGGAUUGUUUGUGUGGCAGAGGUACGCGUCCAGUGUCAUCUUGAUGUUCCACCGUUCCGGUGUGUUGGCCCGAACCUGAAGGAUGCUGCAUACAUGCAAUUUAGGCCACUCAGGUGUAUGUUGGCCGAAGGGGAUAAAGGCCAGUAGAUACAAGUUGGCGCAUUAGUGCAGUUAGGUAGCAGCCGGAGGGAUGUGUGGCCGCGUGUGUGGAUGGGCGCACGAGCUAAGCGUGCAUAUUGCUAUGUUGCGUGUGCCUGCACGGAUACAGAAUAUGCGUGCUGUAACAAUGCAUGCUCGAGCCUGAAAUCCGUGUACGUACGGUAAACAAGGCAGCAAGGAACAAAGUGGUCUGGGUGGCAGGCGCUAGCUUUGAAGUUGAGACGGUGCAAUAAAAUCAGGCAACUUCUCGCCCAAGGAAACAUCUACACUGUGCGCUGACACACGACAGCAAGUGCUACCUGCGCACGGCAAUGGUGGGCGUCGAAGGAGACCGAUGGGGAGGUGGCCAAGCGGGAGGGUGCCAGAACGCGUGCUGGAUCUACCAUUCACACA